GCGGCCCGCUGGGGACCAUGCCCGCUCCGAACAGCGGUGACCUGGGCUUACGCUCACAGCACGGUGGAUUCUUGAGGGGGCGUUAGGGCCUGCCCCCUCAGGCCAGUGGAGUCCAAAGCCGGGGACGGGGCUGGCGCCCGUAGGUCGAGGAGCUCCUGGGGGGCUGGAACGCUGCCCCAGAAGACCCACCUGGGCCAAAGGAAGCCCAGAAGCAGGGAGCGCCUGGGACCGGUGCUUCUGUCUUGUCACUGACGGCUGACGCACAGCCCUCCCUCCGUGCGUGGGCUCUCCCCACCGGUGCCACCAGUGUCUCGGUCACUGUCCACACCCUAAGGGGUGUGGGGAAGUGAGUUCCAGCCCCUCUGCCAUAGAGCCCCCAGCCUGUCCUCCGCCGCCUUCUCUGGGGAGGUCUGGGAUGGGUGGCCCCCGGCUGGGAGCCCCACUAAGCCUUGGCCGUGCCGCCUCCACCAGGCCCCACAGGUGCACCUUUGUGUAUCCCGGGUCUUCUGCCCAGCGCUGCUGCCGGCCUGGCAGAGCUGGGCUGAGCCGGGGGUGGCCACCCGCCCGCCCACUGCAGAUGGGCCCCCACAGGGUGCCCUCCACAGCUUGGGAAAGGUCACCGCCCCGGGGGUGCCGGCAGAGGGUGGAUAUCAAAGUCUCUCCGAUUUAAGAGGUUUUCCUCCUUGCCUGGAAUUUCACAGCCCAGUGGCCAAUUUCUAAGUCAUGCACAUUAAUGGGCAGCUAAUGAGGGACCCACGGCAGGGACAGGGAAGCCCCCGGCCCGGAGCCAGAUUAGGAGAACAAAGCCCGAGGAAGGAUCGUGCGCUUCUCAAGAGGCCAGGUCUGGGGGGGCGUGAGGGACUUGGGCAGCUCAGAAGGCCUGGCAGAGCCACGUGAACACAGCGUGGACCCCUCCCCAGCCCCCAGCCUGGGCUAGGCGCUGGCCCCCCCACAGCCUCCUCCCACAGCCCUGCCCUCCCCGCCGUGGCCUCACUGAGCGUUUGAAGGCCUGGUGUGUGGACAGAGGCCCCUGCCCGCUCCGCCCUGACCAGGGUCUCCAACGCCCGGGCCCCACACCCCCAUCCAGCGUGGCCUGGCCCAGGGAGUCCCCACUUCCCAGAAGGUCCCCGCAGCCCUUCACUGCUGCUACACGGAUGCAUGGCCCCUGCCACGCCAUGGAGCCCGGGAUUUAGAAAAAGGGCCUCAUGACGAGCUUGUCCGGGGUCCCCCAGGCAGACCCGAAAUCCAGUGGCAGGUGCCCUCAGACACAAAGAGGAGAAGCCGUGUGAGACAGAGCAGCGGUGGGACCGACGCGGCCGUGAGCACUGGAAGGGGCAGGAAGGUCUUUGCCGAGGGAGACUGGCCUGUGCCUCCCUGGCCUCCAGAGGUGCAGGGGCAAAUUCCCGUCGUGGGGCUGUGUGACCGCAGCCGCAGGAGCCGCAUCCAGGGGAGCCCUUGCGCGGCCUCCUUUUUCUGUCUGCUGGGGCCUGCCCGCUCUGGGCCCUGUCAGAGGCAGAGCGGGGCAGGAAGCUGCAUGGUACUGCAGCCUUGGAAGGGAUGAUGCCCAGGCUGGUCCCCGCAAGCCACCUGCUUGGCCUGCCUGGGCCCAGUUCCUGCUCUGAGCCCCCGGGGGCUGAUGUGAACCUGUGGGACACUGCGCACGCCUCAGCACUGCUGUCCACAGCAGCGUCCAGCCCUGCGCUCCUCACUGCUCUAGCGCUUUCUGGGCAGCUGCUGUGAGGAGCCGCAGAGGUGGGCACAAGGCUGCCACUGGAUCGGGGGCGGGGAGCCUCUUGCGGGACAUCUGGCGCCCUGCAGAUCGGAUUGUAGGGGCGGGCUCUGUCUAACUGACAGCGGCGGGUCUCCGGGGUCCAUGGCGCGCGUGGAGAGUUCUCCAGGGAACUCGCCAGAAGUGCAGAUUCUCAGGCUGUGUCCUGGACCCACUGAGUCAGCAACAGGGGGCCAGGGCCUGGCGCUCCGUUGGAAGCGCUCACGUUGGCGCUGCACCAUGGGAAGGGGUCGCGGGCUCCAGGACCGAACAGGGCCAAACUCAAGACCCGACCUUCGCGGGGCCGCCUCCUGCUUCCGGCUGUCCUGCCUCUCGGGCUCCAGUGGGCAGAUCGCUCGGCUUCGAGCGUGGCCGGCACCAGCUGCAGCAGCUCUCCCGGGAGCUUGGCGGAAAUCUGCUCGAGGUGGACGGAGUCAGAAUUCACUCAACAAGGCCUCCAGGUGGGUGUGAGCGCGCACUUAGUCAGAGGAGAGCCAGGUGGGGUGGGAAGGGAGCGGAGACGACCUGUGCUGCCGCAGGUGGGACCGAGGGCUCGGCCAGUGAGCGACAGCCCUGAGCCCCGUGCGGGCCACCCCCAGACGGUGUCAGGGCCUCCCAGGGCACUGCGGUGUGGGCAGGUGCAGGUGCCUGCCCCCCCCUCCAUGGCCCCAGCUGAGCGCCCUCUAACCCUCCAGGGCAGCUGGAAGGCCCCGCCCUGGGGAGGGGCCUGCACGGGGUCCGGGUCGGGUGGGGAGUCUUAAGACUCCAUGACCAGGUCAGAAAUCUCAGAAGCUGCCGGCUGUUGGGACUGGCGGCCCUGUCCCUUUGUCUCCUCCCGCGUAGGCGUGGGGUCCUGACCCCAGCACGUGCCCUCUGGGGCCCAAUGCCUGGAGGACUCACUAACUCACCUGGCAGAACCCGUCUGCCUCGGCCGAGCCGCCUGGAGUGAGCCCGCCUAGUGCCUGCCUUGAGGGUGGGCUCCCUGGCUGUGUGUCUGCGUUUGGUGCCAUGAAGUCCCAGAGCCCGGAGAGCGGGCACCCUGCAGAAAAGCCCCUCCUGGCCGCCGCCGCCCCCAGUUUGUCGCCGCUGGGCGCUGCCUUUAUUCUCCUCAAGUCUGCGCUGGGUGCCGGCCUGCUCAACUUCCCCUGGGCCUUCCACAGGGCGGGGGGCGUGCUCCCCGCCCUCCUGGUGGAGCUGGUGUCCUUGGUCUUCCUAAUCAGCGGCUUGGUCAUCCUGGGCUAUGCGGCCGCCUGCAGCGGCCAGGGCACCUACCAGGGCGUGGUGCGAGGGCUGUGCGGCCCCGCGGUCGGGAAGCUGUGCGAGGCCUGUUUCAUCGCCAACCUGCUCAUGAUCUCCGUGGCCUUCCUCCGGGUGACCGGCGACCAGCUGGAGAAGUUGUGCGACUCCCUUCUGCCCGGCGCCCUGCUGGCCACACAGCCCUGGUACGCCGACCAGCGCUUCACGCUGCCCUUGCUCUCGGCGCUGGUCAUCCUGCCGCUGUCGGCCCCGCGGGAGAUUGCCUUCCAGAAGUACACCAGCAUCCUGGGCACGCUGGCCGCCUGCUACCUGGCCCUGGUCAUCACGGCGCAGUACUACCUCCGGCCCCAGGGCCUCGUCCGCGAGCCCCCUCCUUCGCUGGGCCCGUCCUCCUGGACCUCCGUCUUCAGCGUCUUCCCCACCAUCUGCUUCGGCUUUCAGUGUCACGAGGCUGCCGUCUCUGUGUACUGCAGCAUGCGGGGGCAGAGCCUCGCCCGCUGGGCCCUGGUCUCCGUGCUGUCCUUGCUGGGCUGCUGCCUCAUCUACUCACUGACAGGUGUCUACGGCUUCCUGACAUUCGGGUCGCAAGUUUCUGCCGACGUCUUGAUGUCCUACCCGGGCACCGACGCGGCCGUCGUGGUGGCCCGGGUGCUCUUUGCAGUCUCCGUCGUCACCGUCUACCCCAUCGUGCUCUUCCUGGGCAGGUCGGUGAUGCAGGACUUCUGGACAAGGAGCUGGCGGGGGAACUGGGGGCCCCGGGCGCUGGCCGACCCCUCCGGGCCGUGGGUGCGCGUGCCGCUGACGGUUCUGUGGGUCACUGUGACGCUCGCCAUGGCGCUGGCGCUGCCCGACCUCAGCAAGGUCAUCGGCAUCAUCGGCGGUCUCAGUUCCUUCUUCAUCUUCAUCUUCCCCGGUCUGUGUCUCAUCUGCGCCAUGGAUGUCGAGCCCGUUGGACCCAGAGCCAAGUGCUGCCUGGAGGCCUGGGGCGUGGUCUCCGUGCUGAUUGGCACCUUCAUCUUCGGGCAGAGCACGCUGGCUGCCAUCCUGGAGCUGUCCUGAGAGCGUGGGGAGGCCCCCGCCCCCAACCCCAACUCCCCCACCCUCGCCUGGGGCUGUGACCGUGACCGACCGCGACAGCCAUGUGUUCUGUGUCCGCCAUAAAGGUACUGGAGCGAU